AUGUUGGCUUCUCUUAUAAAAGCAGUAAGGCCUUCGCCUCAGUUUGUGAAAUAUGAGCCAAAAGGACCAAUUGUGAAAACUGCAGUACCAGGACCAGAAAGCUUGGCUUUGCUAAACGAAUAUGAAGGACUAACUCAGGAUUUCAGGACUGUAAGAUUCUUUGCCGAUUAUCAAAAAAGUAUAGGGAAUUAUGUAGUUGAUGCAGAUGGAAACACCCUUCUUGAUGCUUAUGCUCUGAAUGCUUCACUCCCAAUAGGCUACAAUCACCCUCUCUUUUUAUCAUUCCUUGAGCAAGCGAAUAUUCGUCCUCAUUUAAUUCAUAGAUCAGCUUGUGCAGUCAAUCCUUCUAGCGACUGGGCUUUAAAACUCAAAAACACUUUGCUUCCUCUGGGUCCUGAAAGCUUAAGCGAAAUUUUCAUGUCUUGUGGGUGCGGAAUCGGAGCUACAGAAAACGCAAUGAAAGCAGCAUCUAUUUGGUAUUAUAAAAAUCAAUACGGAGUUGACUUUACCCCUGAACAAAUAAAAACAACAAUAGAAGGAAAACCACCAGGGAUCCCUGAUUACGCAUUUUUGAGCCUUGAAGGAGCUUAUCAUGGCAGAAGUAUUGGCCUUCUUUCUGUCUCUUCAUCUUCUGGAAUUGAUAAAGUAGAUUUCCCAAGCUUUAAAUGGCCAAGAGCGCCUUUUCCAAAAGAAAAAUAUCCAAUAACUUCCUAUUCAGAAAACAAAGCUCAAGAAUCACAAGCUUUAGAAGCAACAAGGAAAAUCUUCCAAACAAGCAAAGUUCCUAUAGUAGGACUUUUGAUAGAGCCGAUUCAAAACGAAGGGACAUAUUACGCAAGUCCUCAAUACUAUCAACAGCUCCAAUCAAUUGCGAAGGAAUUCAAAGCUGCUGUCAUUGUAGAUGAGACCUAUUCUGGAGUUGGGAUUACAGGAAAGUUCUGGGCCCACCAGCAUUGGGGAAUUCAGCCAGAUAUUUUAGUAUUCUCUAAAAAAGCUCAAGUUUCAGGGUAUUUUGCUAAGCCAGAAUUCAGGCCACCUCAUGCUUUUAUGAUGAUGGGAACUUGGUGUGGAGACCCUCUGCGUCUUGCCCAAUUGCAAGGCGUAAUGAAUGUUAUUUCUUGUGAAAACUUAGUCGAUAGCGCCAGCUCUACUGGCGAAUAUUUAUUAAGCGGUCUCACCGCAAUUCAAACUAAAAGAGACAAACUCGCAAAUGUUAGAGGACUAGGCUUGCACAUUGCUUUUGACAUGCCAGACAAAGCCUCAGCCUGGGGAUUAUGCAAAAAAUUACUAGAAAAGGGUGUUCACGUAGGAGUUGCGAAAGAUAACGUCAUUCAGCUAAGACCUUCUCUAAUUUUCGGAAAGGCUCACGCUGACAUAUUCUUGGACGCACUUGAUGCUUCCCUUUAA